AUGAAAUUGAUAGAAGAGGCUGUGAGUUGCCCCACAAACUGUACUUGUGAUAAUUUGCAAGUGAAUUGCACAGGAAAACUAUUGCAAAACUUUCCAACCACAGUUCCUCUGACUACUAAAAAAUUAAUUCUGGCACAGAACAACCUCACCAAUUUACCACUAUUAACCAUGAGUUAUCUCAAUGAUCUGGUCCACCUCGAUUGCAGCCACAAUAUGAUAACAAUGGACUUGAAUUUCAGCUUUCCAGGGUUAGUCAAACUGACAUAUUUGGAUCUGAGUUUCAACAGGCUCUCCCGCAUAACAUCCUUCACUUUUUCACAACUGAGUGAGCUGUUGCUCUUAAAUCUCUCUGGCAAUCCAUUGAUGGUGAAGAUAACGGAGAAAGCCUUUGAAAAGAACAGUCUUCUGAGAUAUAUAGAUUUGAGUGGUUGUGGCUUGUCUUACCUCAGUGCUGAAACAUUCCAAAAACUGUACAGACUUCGUAUUUUGGGAAUAAAGGAUAAUCCCUGGAAUUGUGACUGCAAAUUCCUGACAUUCUCCAGCUGGCUAACAAAUAUUAAAUUCCCAGAUUUAGAGAAUGCCACUUGCAGUGAACCAGAAACAAUGCAGGGUCUUUCUCUCAUCAAGGCAAAAUUGGAGCUCCGUUACCUGUGCCUUCUGCACUUACACCUAGAAGAUUUCGUAUACAUCUGUCUAUUAACCUUCUGUAUUUUCUUGGGAGGAACUCUAGUGGCGUGGCUGGUUGGGUUUUGCACAGUGAUGUAUUAUCAUCCUGUAAUGAGACAAUAUGAUGAACCAUUGGAUGAAGAAUACAGAAUGAUUUAA